GGGCUCUUAGCGUUGUAAACAAUUGUUCGUCCCUCAUCGCCACUUACCGAUUGUUGAAAAAUUCCAAUUUUUAAAUCCUUUAUCACGUCUUCCACCUGGUUGACAUUGAUUCCUUAAAUUUUGUGUUUUCCGUACAAUAAAAAAGAUCUAUUUUCCAAUGGCUGGUGGACGUUUGGAAGUAUUUUGGUCCCCUAACAGCCAGGACAAAUUCAUCACUUGGGGGAGUGAUAUUUCGCUCUAUCAAGUUAAAAAUACUUCCGUUAGAGAUGACAUUUCCUCGACACAUAGCUUUCAGAUAUCGAAUAGUAGUAGGGCUUACCAGCUAGGUUCGUUAACAGAUGUAUCAUUUGCUAAAUGUCUGGCAUGGCUCCCUGUACCAGAGCUUGAAGGAGUUAUUGCCAUUGGCCAGAUGAAUGGAAGAGUUAUGUUAACAUCAGUACUUGGUUCUGGAGAAACUUCCCCCUUAAAUGGAAAAGAAUAUGCAUCAAAACAUAACAGACAGUGCAACACAUUAGCAUGGGGUCUAGCUGAGCCUUAUGUCCUUGCAGCCGGGUUUGACAAACACAGAUCUGAACAUGGAUUGAUCUUGUGGGAUGUUACUAAAGGUGGGAGUGAUGGUAACAGACCUUUUCUGGAAUCAGCAUUUGGAGACACAAUUACUUCUGUAACAUGGUUCAGUCAUUCACAAACAAUGGCAGCUGGGGUCAAUAACAAGCAACUUCGUCUGUAUGAUUUAAGAGAUGGACCAAAGCACACAAGUUCAACAAAUACUCGUGCAGUAUUUUCAAUCAUUCAGGAUCCUUUUGUUAAUCACAGAAUUGCAUCAUAUAGCGAUAAUGCCGUAUGCAUUUGGGAUGUAAGAAAUUUUGAGAAGCCUGUUCUUUCACUCCAACAGAAUAAGGCCGUUUCCAAGAUAUCCUGGUGCCCCACUCAUCACAGUUUCCUGGGAGUCUUGUGUAAAGAGAGCACUUCUUUGUCCCUGUACGACAUUCAAAAUGCCAACGGUGUAGCGGCAGAAGAAAUGGAACCCAUUCCGUUGGAACGUGGAUUGAUUUUGACUGAUCAGCAAAAUGAAACCAUAUCUUCUUUUGCGUGGCAUUUAAACGAAGAGAAUCGAUUACUUUAUUCCACAACAUCACUUAAUAUUAGGGAGCAUAUAGUUGUUGAUAGAAUCACGCUUAAUUGGUCACCAUCGAGUAAACUUGUAUGGAACUGCGGCAAAAAAAUAUUGCAGUACAUCGAUGAAACUGAUUCCGUCUAUACCAGGUUCGGGGAUGUUUCGGUAACAAUGCGCCAGCGGGCAGUUGAAGGUUACGGACUUGAAGCUGAUUUCAAACCUGAUUCAGAAUUAAUGCAGGAUGUAACGACCAGGGAGCUCUGGUCCUGGGUCGAUACUUGCCGGAAGUUGGCUCAAUCAGGAAAUCCGCUAGGAGUUCACUUUAUGGGUAUUAGGUCUGCUUUGCGUUUGGAUACGGAUGGAGUUCUAAAAUCAGAAGUAUUCCACGUUCCCUGGAAUGGUGUGGAGUCCGCAAAAAUUUCACCUGUCUGCGUCUACAGGAGUGAAGAACGGAACCAAGCAUUGCGUCUGUGUGGUUGGCCGUACGAUCCUGAAAAUUCCAUAUUGGGACCAUUGCUAGAAAAGCUUCAAGCGGAUGCACAGGUUUCUCGGGCCGCUGCCCUGGCUGUUUUCCAUAUGAAGAUUCGUAAAGCCAUAAAGAUUUUGACUCGUAGUGGUGUACAGAAAAAUCAAGUGUCUUAUCAGUUAGUCGCCCUCGCCUUAGCCGGAUUUACCGAUAAUAGAGAUACGCUGUGGCAGCAAGAAAUAUGCAAUAUGAAUAAAACUGCUCUGGAUGAUCCAUAUCUGCGAGCAGCAUUUUCUUUUUUGACCAGUCCAUCGGAAAAAUACGAAGCAGUCUUGAACGAAACAGGAAUGACUGUUCGGGAUCGAGUGGGUUUCGCUUGUUGCUUCUUGUCCGAUACUCACCUAAGUGAGUAUGUUGAACAUCUUAAUCGGCAGUUGACCAGAGAAGGAAAUUUGGAUGGGAUGCUUUUAACGGGUUUGUCAGGUGAAGGACUGAAUCUGCUUCAGAGUCAUGUGGACAAAUCAGGUGAUAUUCAAACAGUCAGUCUCCUCAGUUUACAUGCUUCCAAUCUUGAAGUGAGUAAAGACGGGCGAAUGCAACAAUGGGUCAACAGCUAUCGAUCUCUGCUUGAUAGUUGGAGGUUAUGGACGCAACGGGCAAAAUUUGACGUGCAAUUCUACAAAGGCAAUCCCUCUGGAGCCGAAAAACCUCCACAGCAAGUCUAUGUUUCCUGUAACUACUGUGGUAAAGGAAUCUCAGUUUUCUCUGGUACUAAAGGCAAGCUUCCUUUAAAUCGGAGCAACCCAAACGUGAAAUCAAAGUUAACUGGCUGCCCGAAUUGCCGGAAUCCUUUGCCACGUUGCGCUGUUUGCAUGAUGCACCUCGGAAGCCCGCUAGCAUCGUGGGGAGGACCUACUGAGCACAUUUCCAAGAAACCGAGUGUGAAUGCAGCAUCUGGUGUAUCUGGGGUGACUUCCAAGAAAACUCAUCCGUUCGCCUCGUGGAUUCUUUGGUGCCAAACAUGUCGACACGGAGGACACAGUGCUCACCUACUAGAAUGGUUCGCCGAGCACAGUGAAUGUCCUGUCACUGGAUGUUCUUGCCGUUGCCUAAAUCUUGAUACAAUAGGCCACCACAUUCCUGUCAUUGCCAACGGACAUGAUUGAAUAGUAGAAUGAUGCCUCACGGUUUGAGAAAUUCAGGUUUGUUUUACGUCAUAAUGGUCUCUUGGUCACUAUUUCAUUGAAACCUUUGUUGGUAGGUCUUGUUUGUACAGUGUUUUUUUUUUCAAGGGUUGUUUAUGAACUAGUUUUUGUCAUCUAUCGACCGUUGUUAUUUUACUGUUUCUCUUUUCUCACUAUUCAACUUACCCUCAAUAAUUCCUGUGAUUUGAGCGUAGACAAUGAAUGCCACGUGAAAUUGAUCCUGUAGAAAUGCUGAAUGAAAUAAAUUGGUUCAAUGACUUA